AUGGCUACCACGUAUCAUCUCCAAUCGGUAGACAAUGAGGUAUCGGGCCGUCUUGCUCUGGUAACAGGAGCCAGUACAAGUGGUGGGAUUGGCUCAGCCUGUGCAAAGUCAUUGGCUUCUGAAGGAUGCGAUGUUGUCCUCCAUUACUCUUCCAGCAAGGAAAAAGCAGAAUCAUUAGCCUCCGAACUGCGACAACGCCAUCCGAAUCAAUUAUUCGUCACUGCCCAAGCCGACCUUACAAACAGAGAAUCCACGCGCAAUUUUGUCGCAGCCGUGCUGGGUACGCCGGCCGUCGCCGAGAAACACAAAGCGAUAUCCGUACUGGUUGCAAAUGCUGGCAUUGGCCGUCGCAUUCGACAUGUCAAGGAUAUCGAAGAACAGGACUGGGAUGACAUUAUGGAAGUCAAUGCCCGCAGUCAAUUUGUCAUCACGAAGGCUGCCGUGGAAGGAAUGCGUGCACAAGGCUGGGGAAGAGUGAUUCUUGUGGGAAGCAUUGCGAGUCGGGGAAGUGGCUUGAAUGGAUGUCAUUACGCAGCCUCGAAGGGUGCUCUGUCUUCAAUGGGCUUGAACAUGGCUACAGUUCUAGCUCCAGAAGGUAUCACGGUCAACAUUGUUUCACCGGCUAUGAUUGGAGCUACAGGAAUGAUUCCCACUCCAAAGCAAAGGCAAGUCGUAGAAGCAUUGAAUAUUGCUUUGCGCUGCUAA